CGAACAAAGAAAAUAUUGUCCGAUCGCUGGUUGCCAAGUUAGGGGAAAUGGGAGCUUCUUCUUGGCCCUCCGCUGUGGAGCUUUCUGACGCGAAGAAGAAGGUUGCUGAAAUGAGCGGAAGAGACGUUGGAGAUGUGAGGGUGGUCAUCUCUCCUUACAGGAUUUGCCCGCUAGGAGCUCAUAUUGAUCACCAGGGUGGAACUGUUUUGGCCAUGACAGUCAAUAAAGGAAUAAUUCUGGCAUUUGUACCUUCUUAUGAUAGUCAAGCUCAGUUGUGCUCUAGACAAUUUGCAGGUGAAGUUAAAUUCAGGGUUGAUGAAGAACAACUCCCCUCCAUGCAUGUUAAAGAAAAAAAUUAUGAUUGGGGAAGUUAUGCAAGGGGAGCUCUUUAUGCGUUGCAAAAGACAGGAAAUAAGUUGUGUAAGGGCAUCCUUGGUUUCAUUUCUGGAUCAGAUGGGCUUGACAGCUCUGGUCUUAGUUCUUCGGCAGCUGUUGGAAUUGCUUGCCUGUUGGCCCUGGAAAGUGCUAAUAACUUGAGUAUGUCUCCCUCAGAAAAUAUUGAGUUGGAUAAAUUGAUUGAAAAUUCGUAUUUAGGACUACGAAAUGGCAUCCUUGAUCAGUCUGCAAUAUUACUUUCCAAAUAUGGCUACCUUACUCUCAUGGAUUGCAAGACAAAAGAGCAUACUUUUGUUAGUUCAUCCAUGUUAGACGGUUCCAAAGGUCCUGAAGGAGCAAACAAAUAUAAGAUCUUAUUGGCAUUUUCCGGGUUGAAGCAUUGUUUAAAGGAUAAUCCUGGAUAUAAUUGUCGUGUUGCUGAAUGCCAGGAGGCUGCAAGGAUUCUUCUCUGUGCUUCGGGUGCUCAGAGUGUGGAGCCACGUCUUUGUGAAGUUGAACCAAGUAUUUUUGAAGCACAAAAGCACAAACUAAAAGCAAAUUUAGCAAAAAGAGCAGAGCAUUACUUCUCCGAAAAUAAGAGGGUUAUUGAAGGAGUUAAAGCAUGGGCUUCAGGGAAUUUAUUAGAAUUUGGAAAGUUGAUUGCAGCUUCUGGCCUCAGCUCCAUACAAAACUAUGAGUGUGGUUGUGAACCUAUGAUACAACUCUAUGAGAUUCUUAUGAGGACUCCUGGCAUAUUCGGUGCGAGGUUCAGUGGUGCAGGUUUUAGAGGAUGCUGCCUUGCAUUCGUCGAUGCCGAUCAGGCUGACGAGGCCACUGCAUUCGUCCAGAAAGAGUACGCAAAGGCCCAGCCAGACCUGUCUAGCCAGGCUCUGGGAGGCAGAGUCGUCAUGCUCUGUGAUGCAGGAGAUUCUGCUUGUGUGAUAUAAUUCAACUAUCAUGGCAGUUCUUGGUAGCUGAUAGGCUCAAUUUCAUUGAUUUGAAAUGAAGUCGUCUUAAAAGGAUAAUAAUAUGUAAUUUGUUCUUAUGUUUUCGCUCUAUUUAUCCUAUUCUUAUUUUACAAAUUUGAUGGAGGAUAUUUUUUUUAUU